CUCCCUGUUCUCUGAGCCUACCCGCCACCGUCUUCCUUGACCGAGACUACCUGUCACUCGUCCUCCUGGUCUUUGCGAGAUGAGCUCUUGUCAGCGCUGUGACCGCUGGUUUGCGUCGAGCCAUGCUUUAGAGCAGCACCUCGAGAAUUCCAGCUUGCACCACUACUGCCGGCAGCAUAGGAAAGACUUCACGUCACACCACGGCUUGAUCGAACACUGGAAGCAGAGCCCAUACCACAAUUACUGCGACCGCUGUGACGAGCAUUUCUCCUCCACUGAGGAUCUCGACGAUCACGACGUUGACGAACACUUUGUAUGUCCUGAUUGCGAUACGGUCUUCUACAACGAGAUCGGCCUGAGCGAACAUCAGCGCCAGGCUCACUUGACACGAACGUGGUACUGCGAAGACUGUCAGCGUUUCUUCUCGUCUCAGCAUAAUUACGACGCGCAUCGCAAAUCCUCCAUCCAUGCCGGCAGAACCAUAGUCUGCCCCUUCGACGAGUGCAGUCAGCGAUUCCCCAACCUGGCCGCCCUCUUCGCACACAUCGAGUCCAAUAGAUGUCCUUCGGGGGCGACGAGGGAUAUGCUUAAUCGCAGGGUGGUAGAUAUGGAUAGGCACAACGUAAUCACGAACCGUCAGAGGCUGCUGCAAUGGCCUGGAGGGUCAUAUGAGCCACCUGCACCCACGUCGUCGUGGGCUACGGAGAGGUCGUGGAACGGCACGGCCUACGAGUGCUUCUUGUGCCAUAGGAACUUUGCAACUCUUCACUCCCUGAACACCCAUCUCCAGAGCCCAAAGCAUCAAGACAGGAUAUACUGUUGUCCUGGGUGUCAGGAAGACUUCGUGAGCCUUAGCGGGCUGACGCAGCACGUCGAGUCGGACAAGUGUGGCGUCAGGAGAUUUAAGCAAGUGCAAUCCGUGAUGGAGGGUUUGAAUCGCAACCUGAGACUUCUCGGGAUGUAGGGGCGCAGCAGACGGACUCGUAACGAUACCCAUGAUGUUCUUGCCAGGUUUCUGUACCUCGUUGACAAUGGUAUUCCAAGAUGAUACUUCACGCAAACCCAAAGUCCGAAGAACAAUCACCUUCAGUAAAGGCCACAAUCCUCGAUCCACACCGGCUCUCUUGGCAUCCCAUCUCCUGUGCCCACCCGGUCCAAGCGUUCCAGCACCUCCCAGCCGUCAAUGAGUUGUCCAAAGACAACGAACUUGCCAUUGAUCUUGGCGAGCUGAGCCUCUGCAUCGGUGAGAAUGACGAAGAACUGCGAAGUGUUGCUGUUCUUGCCCGAAUUCGCCAUGGCUAGUGAUCCGCGACCUGGCCUGACUUUCAAGCCCUCCUUCUCGUCAUUGAACUUUCCACCAUAGAUGGACUCUCCACCGCUGCCGUCUCCCCUCGUGAUAUCACCUCCCUGUGCGACAUAUCCCUUCACGAUUCUGUGCACCGAACAUCCCUUGUACCACAAUUGCUUCUUCGGCGCGUUUUUACACGCGCCUUUCUCUCCCGUGCAAAGCGCGGCAAAGUUUCCCGUCGUCUUCGCCAGGCCAGGAUUCGAGUUCAGCUCGAACACGAGUCGGCCUGCGAGGAGCGAGGGUGGACAUUGGAAGAUCAAUCCCUUUGGUUUACGAGAGAACGCAGAGGAGAGCCAUGAUUUGGAUGUAGAUUCUAAGGCAGGUUGGUUGGAGGCGAUUUCAGUCAAUAUCUGGCGCUGUUCCUCAGAGAGUUGUUCGGGAGUGGGAGGAAGGCCAUAGGUAGCUGCGUUUUGAGACAGAAGAGCGCAGGCUGUAUCGUAAGAAGACUUUGC